AUGAGGCAACAGCGUCAGAAUAUGGAUACUAUCCGGCAACACUGUCUUCGCAUAGCAAAUACACAAUUCCAACUUGAUGAUAACAGGGAACAAAAUUUAUUUGUCUUGCGCGCAGUAGACGGUGACAAAGGAAUAAAUAAUAAAGUAACGUACAGCAUCACUCAAGGCCCGCGAUACUUAUUCGACAUAGACGCAAGUUCCGGUUUAGUAUUUACCAGGGCGCAACUAGACAGAGAAGCGGAAGAAAACGCGGAAGGUGCAUUUGUAUUGGAAAUUACAGUGAGGGAAGUGUCGAAAACAGUACCUGCACCAUCAGUGUCGACUGAAGUUACUAUUAUUCUUACGGACGUUAACGACGAGACCCCGAGAUUCCGAAGUUCACGAUACCGCGCCGAGAUAAAUGAAAACGCGCCAUACAAUACUCCGGUUAAUUUCAUCGGAGAUGCGAUACCGGAAGCCUACGAUCAUGACCUGGGAACGAAUGGUACCUUUAGAAUAUUUAUCGACGGUGACGAUGGAAUAUUUGACGUGACACCAUCAAGAGGAAUUAAUGAAGCUCCUUUCUUAAUACGUGUAAAAAAUUCUAGUAAACUCGAUUUUGAGUCGAAAUCAGAGGUUAAUUUUACGUUAAUUGCAAAGGAAGUCGUGCAAGUGAAACCGAAAUACAGUAUCGUACCGGUGACGGUGUUCGUAAAAGAUCAAAAUGACAACUAUCCAGAGUUCACGGAAAACAUCUAUGAGGUCUCAAUUCCGGAAAAUUGCGCUGUCGGAACUACAGUAGCCUGGGUUCAAGCACUCGAUGAGGACAGUGGCAAUUUUGGAACUCGAGGAAUUAGAUACACACACUUAGGAGGCAGCAUUGGGCACGCGCUAACAAUGGAUCCUUUCACUGGUGUAAUCACAGUUAAAGAACUGGGUCCGAGUUUCGAUCGAGAACUAGUCUCCCGACAUUAUUUAACUGUUGAGGCAAGGGACGAUCUUGGUAAAGGUAACCGUAAUACAGCCCAACUGAUUGUGAACGUGAACGAUGUGAAUGACAACGCGCCUGUAUUUUUGCAAAAUAAAUAUGAGGCUGUACUAUUGGAAAAUGAAGAUAAUUUCGAAUCAUCGUUAAUCGUUGAAGCUUUUGACAUCGAUUUAAAUGGUACCAAGAACAGCCAAGUAAUCUACGCCCUCGUAGCGGGGGAAUUUUCACGAAAUUUCAGCAUCGAUCCGAAACGCGGUACCAUUGUCCCAACAACACCACUAGAUUACGAAGCAUUACCUAUCAGUCAAGGACACAAAGAAACGUCCGUGCGCCCAUUGAGAUUGACAGUACGCGCCAGAGAUGCGGGUACACCGAGUUUGAGUUCUGAUGCGCCAUUAAUAAUUUACCUCAAGGACAUUAACGACAACGCACCCGCCUUCGAAAGAACGUUGUACAAGAGAAGCAUACCUGAAGAUUUAGCUGGUGGUACCAGCGUGGUUCAGGUUAAAGCCUGGGACAAGGAUUUAUCACCGCCUAAUAACAAAUUAGUUUAUAGGAUACAAAGUGGUGCAGGUGAUAAAUUCGUAAUUAGUCCCGAGUCGGGCGUGAUUAGGGUUGCUCCAGGUUCCAAUUUAGAUCCAGAUCUCACUUCCUCGAAAACUACGAGAUAUAGCCUAAAUGUUUUUGCAAUUGAUAGCGGGACGGAAAUUCAAAGGACAGCUGAAGUUCUUGUUAAUAUUACAAUUGUGGACGUCAAUAAUAAGCCGCCAGUUUUCAUCGAUCCCGGUACUGUUACCAUUCGCGAAAAUACCCAGGUUGGAGCGUACGUACAUCGCAUUGUUGCUAACGACCCAGACAUUGCACCGAUUUUACGUUAUCGUAUCGAUCCGAAUUCUUCUGAAGCAAGGAAUGAAGAAGGGACAUUAAUUAAGAUUCAAGAAUAUGAUUAUCUGUCCGCAUUAGAAUUAAAUGCAUUAGACGGUUUGCUUCGAGUAGUUAAGUUGUUAGAUAGAGAAAGAGUAGAAACGAUAAGACUGGGUCUCGUUGUUGAGGAUUUAGCUGCAGUUAGAGGAAUACAAUCUGCUCUCGCUACGUUGUAUAUAAUAAUAGAGGAUGAAAACGAUAAUAAUCCAAGAUUCCGGAGACCAUUUUAUAAACGGUCAGUGACAGAGAACAGUAAAAAUGGCGUGAAUAUCGCUAAUAUUGUGGCUGAUGACGCUGAUAAGAAUCGUAGCAUUACUUACUCUCUGGAGAGUCCGAGAGAAUUGGCAGAUUUAGUACAUCUUGAUUCCGAAACGGGCGAAAUGGUCAUAGCGAAUAAAAUCGAUAGGGAACUAUAUUCUUGGCUGAAUCUGACAGUUAGAGCCAUUGAUUCAGGAAUACCAUCAAGAUCAAGUCUGUCGGAGGUUUACGUUCAGGUAUUGGACGAAAAUGAUAAUAAUCCGUAUUUCGUGACUGACAUUAGUAAUUUGACGGUGAUGGAGAAUUCUAAGAUAGGCACGGAGAUUGCGGUUAUUCAAGCUGAAGAUCCUGAUAGUGGAGAUUAUGGAAAAAUCACUUACCUACUCGAUAGAAUGUCGUCUCAAGGAACUUUUGCUAUUCAUCCUGAAUACGGUACUUUGACAGUAGCAGAUUCUAUCGAUUGGGAAACUAAACAAAGUUACGUUCUAGUAAUUGAAGCAUGGGAUAACUAUCAAUUUGGUUACACAGCUGGCGAAUCCAGGAACGCAUUCAAACAAAUUCAAGUGACAGUAACAGAUGUUAAUGACAAUCUUCCCAAAAUGGACAUACCUUCAACAUGCAUCACUAUAUCGGAAUUCCAUGAUGUCAAAGAUUUAAUUUUUGCCGUUAAAGCGAAAGAUGCUGAUGACCCAACAACACCUAACGGUCGUGUAAAAAUUAGAAUCCUUUCUGGAAACGAAUUAGGUUUAUUCAUUUUAGAACAGACGGAUUAUUGGACUGCGAAUUUGAAAGCAGCCCGUUCUCUUCGAGGAAAAUUUGGAAACUAUUCCUUGUCUUUGGAAGCACGUGAUCAUGGCAUUCCCUCUAACAAAGAAGCAUCAAUAUUAAACAUAUGCGUCACGGAUUACAAUGACAAUCCACCAGUGUUCAUUAGUCCUCAACAUAACACAACCAUCCGUGUACCAGAGAAUGUAACAGUCGGAACUGCAAUUAUUCAAAUUGAAGCUAAAGAUGCAGAUACAGGCCCGAACGGUGAUGUUCAUUAUCGACUGAAACAAGACCUGGCUGGCCAUUGGAGAACUUUUCACAUUGACGAUACAACUGGAAUUAUUUCACUACAACUUCCAUUAGAUAGGGAAACUCAAAAAUUGUAUCAGAUCAGAGUAGAAGCGUACGAUGUAGGAACUCCAACUCCACUCAGUUCGGAUCUAGAUCUAAUAAUAUACGUUCGAAACAUCAACGACUAUGAGCCUCAAUUUUUAGUGGACAUUUUUAAUACUAAUUUAACAGAGGAGCAAUUUCCGGGUACAGAAACGAUAUUGCUUCCACAGACCGUCGAUAGAGACGAUAUCGAUGAACUCGAUGAUCCUCCGGCUCAAGUCUGUUACUUUAUCGUUAGUGGAAAUGACGAUGGUUUAUUUAUUCUUGACAUAUUUAAACAUGAAUUAAGCACGGCCAAGAAAUUAGAUAGAGAACAACAGCAGCAACAUUUGUUGAUUAUAAAAGCAACAGAAGACUGUAAUACAGUUCCAGCAAAUGAUAGUUAUUACGAUGAUACCACCGACACUACGUUGAAAGUUAUUAUAGAUGUAGUCGAUGUAAAUGAUAAUCCGCCAAAAUUCGUUAGUAAAAUAUUUACUGGAGGUGUCACCACAGAAGUUGACUUUGGUACUCAAUUUAUGCAAGUCAAGGCGGUUGAUCUAGAUGCCGGUGAAAAUGCAAUUAUUAAUUAUUACCAAAAGGGUAAAAUUCACAUGACUUUGACAGAAGGACUGGAUGAUAUUCAGAUACAACCUUUCCUGGUGAAUAAACUUACCGGAGUCGUGAGUCUGAAUUUUGAUCCGCAAAGAGGAAUGAAAGGAUAUUUCGAUUUUAUGGUCCUAGCUAAUGAUUCGCGUGGUCUUCAAGAUACUGCAAGAGUAUUUAUUUACUUGUUACGCGAGGAUCAAAGAGUUCGCUUUGUAUUGAGACAGCAUCCAUCAGAAAUACGGAAUAGAAUAGACACAUUUAGAGUGACAUUGGGCAACGUGACUGGAGCAAUAGUAAAUAUCGACGAGUAUAAAACCCACGAGAAUCACGACGGUUCCGUCGACCGAACGAAAACUGACUUGUAUUUGCACCUUGUAAACCGUCGAGACAAUUCCAUUCUCGAAGUGUCCGAGGUUCUCGAAUUAGUCGACAGAAACAUUGAGAAGCUCGAUGGUCUGUUCAAGGAAUUCAAUGUUCUCGACACGCAACCGGCACAGUAUCAGCCGAUUGUUCAGUACGAGCAGGCUGGGACGACUUUUUGGCUCCUGACUUUGACCCUGUUUCUCGGCGCUUUGCUAAUUUUGUGCAUAGCCUUGUGCCUUUCGCAAAGAGCCUCAUUUCGUCGGCAAUUGAAAGCAGCGAAUGCGUCUCCCUUCGGUACGUCAGACGCUGAGUUUAUCAGAGGACCUGGACGCGUUCCUAACACGAACAAACAUAGCGUGGAAGGUUCUAAUCCAAUAUGGAUGCAUGCUUAUGAGAAUGAGUGGUUCAAAACUGACGAAUCCAUUAGUCACACAUCCGAACGAGACUCUCUUGAUGAGAAUGCACUGAACAACGAAGAAAUGAUGAACGAAGUUAAUACAAAUCAAAGAAACGAAGACAAACCUUACUAUAUUGAGCCGAGGGUGUCCUCUGUUUCAAGCUUGGAAAGCAUAGCGAAUAUUCCAAAUGACUUCCACCACACUUCAUCGUUACAUCGAACACACAAUACGAUUGUGAAUCCUCUUGGCAAGAAAAUCGAGACAACAGAGCUUUAACCAAACAUCGAUGGUAGUAUUAAGUUAACAGAUUUCUUUCAGUGGUAAUACCUGCGAUCGUAAGGAAACUGUAUAUUUAGGAGUGUUCGUGUAUAUAGU